GAAAAAAAAAUCAACCACUCAAAAAAGAAAAAGAAAAAAAAAAAAGGGAAAAAAACUAAAUCAAGCCAACCCCACACUUAGCGGAAACUUGUCAAAGAAUGCUCCUAAAGUCUGGUUUUCUCCUGCUGCUGCUGAUCAGUGCAUCCGCAUCCCACGAAGCCGAGCAGAAUGACUCUGUGAGCCCCAGGAAAGCGCGGGUGGCGGCGCAGAACUCAGCCGAGGUGGUUCGGUGCCUGAACAGCGCCCUCCAGGUGGGCUGCGGAGCCUUCGCCUGCCUGGAGAACUCCACGUGCGACACGGACGGGAUGUACGACAUCUGCAAAUCCUUCCUCUACAGCGCUGCUAAAUUCGACACUCAGGGAAAAGCGUUCGUGAAGGAGAGCCUGAAGUGCAUCGCCAACGGGGUGACCUCCAAGGUGUUCCUGGCCAUCCGCAGGUGCUCCACGUUCCAGAGGAUGAUCUCGGAGGUGCAGGAGGAGUGCUACAGCAAGCUGGACCUGUGCGGCAUCGCCCGCCGCAACCCCGAGGCCAUCACCGAGGUGGUGCAGCUCCCAAACCACUUCUCCAACCG